AUGAGCCGAAAGCUCGCCCCCGAAGCCAAUCGGAUUCUCUUCGUCAAGAACCUCAAGUAUGUACCUGAAUUUCGCCGCUUUGCCCCGGCUAGCUUUCCCGGCGGAUCAGCCCUGCAACUCGUCAUUUACAAUCGCGAUCAAAUCGCUAACAUCUUAUUCAACAGCUACAACGUAACAGCUGAGCAACUGUUCGACUUGUUUGGGAAAUUCGGCCCCAUUCGGCAAAUUCGCCAGGGUAUCGCCAAUACCUCCAAAGGAACCGCAUUUGUUGUCUACGAAGACGUUCACGACGCCAAGCAGGCAUGCGAUAAGCUCAAUGGUUUCAACUUCCAGAACAGAUACUUGGUCGUCUUGUAUCAUCAGCCAGAGAAGAUGGUCCGUACGAAAGAGGACAUUACGGAAAGGCAGGAGAAUUUAGAACGGCUCAAACAGCAACACGGGAUAGAAUGA